AUGCACUCGCCCGUGGACCCCAGCGCCAAGCAGGCUCUGAGGAAAAAACCCCCCGAGAGGACCCCGGAGGAUUUAAAUACUAUUUAUUCUUGUCUUCAUGGGAUGGAGAUUUUAUCAAGUCUCAGGGAACAUCAGCUAAGGUUAAUAUCUGCAAGAGCACGGUAUGAAAGAUAUAAUGGCAAUCAAAUUCUUUUUUGCUCUGAAACCAUUGCCAGAUGUUGGUAUAUUCUUCUUUCUGGAUCUGUAUAUAUGAAAGACUCUAUAAUUUUUGCUCCUCAAAGUUUUGGUAAACAGUUUGGUGGAAAAAGAGGAUGUGACUGUCUUGUAUUAGAACCUUCAGAAAUGAUUGUGGUAGAGAAUUCGAAAGAUAAUGAAGAAGACCUCCUCCAAAGAGAAAUUGCUGGAAGACAAUCUCGCAGAAGAUUUAGAAAAAUUAACCACAGGGGAGAACGACAAACGAUCACUGACAAUGUGGAUGCUAACAGCUACCUUACUCUUCCAGCAGAUCUUAACAAGUUGCACCUUACAGAAAACCCUCAUCCCCAAGUGACUCAUGUUCCUUCUAGCCAGUCUGGAUGUAGCAUUGCCAGUGACUCAGGAAGCAGCAGUUUAUCUGAUAUCUACCAGGCUACAGAAAGUGAGAUAGGAGAUGUGGAUUUAACAGGUCUCCCUGAAGCACCUGUUGAUUCUGAGGAUGAAGAAGAGGAAGAUGAAGAUAUUGAUCGAACAGCUGAUCCAUUACUGGGGAGAGAUCUUGUCCGAGAAUGUCUGGAAAAGGAGCCUGCAGAUAAAACUGAUGAUGACAUUGAGCAAUUAUUGGAAAUUAUGCAUCAGCUCCCUGCCUUUGCAAAUAUGACUAUGUCUGUAAGAAGAGAACUUUGCUCAGUUAUGAUCUUUGAAGUGGUAGACCAGGCUGGAGCUAUCAUUCUUGCAGAUGGACAAGAACUUGACUCAUGGUAUGUCAUUUUAAAUGGAACUGUAGAAAUCAGUUAUCCAGAUGGAAAAAAUGAAAGUCUCUGUAUGGGAAAUAGCUUUGGAAUUAUUCCUACUCUGGAUAAGCAAUACAUGAAUGGAGUUGUGAGAACCAAAGUAGAUGACUGUCAGUUUGUAUGUAUAGCCCAGCAAGACUAUUGGAGAAUCUUGAAUCAUGUAGAAAAAAAUACCCAUAAAGUUGAAGAAGAAGGUGAAAUUGUUAUGGUACAAGAGCACAGAGAACUGGACCGUAGUGGAACUCGAAAAGGGCAUAUUGUCAUUAAGGCAACACCUGAACGACUCAUCAUGCAUUUAAUAGAAGAACAUUCAGUUGUGGAUCCAACUUACAUAGAAGAUUUUCUGUUGACAUACAGGACAUUUCUUGACAGCCCCUUAGAAGUUGGGAAUAAACUAUUGGAGUGGUUCAAACUUGACAGCUUGAGAGACAAGGUUACACGAGUAGUGCUUUUAUGGGUAAAUAAUCAUUUCAAUGAUUUUGAAGGAGACCCUGCUAUGACUGGAUUUCUGGAAGAGUUUGAAAAAAAUCUUGAAGAUACUAAAAUGAAGGGGCAUCUCCGUUUAUUAAAUAUUGCCUGUGCUGCAAAGGCUAAAUGGAGGCAAAUUCUUUUGCAGAAGACUUCCCGGGAGUCACCACUUUUUUUCAGCCUAAGUGGAGGAAGUGAGGGGUUUGGUAUUUUUGUGGAAGGAGUAGAACCAGGCAGCAAAGCUGCUGAAGCUGGACUUAAACGUGGGGACCAGAUAAUGGAAGUUAAUGGACAAAAUUUUGAGAACAUUACACUGGGGAAGGCUCUUGAAAUAUUAAAGAAUAAUACCCAUCUUUCUCUCACUAUAAAGACCAACAUCUUUGUGUUUAAAGAAUUAAUUAGUAGGACAAAGCAAGAAAAAAAUGGUGUUCCUCAUAUUCCUAAAAUUGCUGAGAAGAAAAGUAAUCGCUACUCAAUUCCUGAUAUGCCUGGAGAUAUGGAACAGAUAUUUCCACAGGAGAAAGGAAACAAAAAAAUUAAAGCAAACACUGUUUCAGGUGGGAGAAACAAAAUAAGGAAAAUUUUGGAUAAAACACGAUUUAGCAUCUUGCCUCCCAAAUUAUUCAGUGAUGGCAGUGUGAGCCAGUCUCAAGAUGACAGUGUCCUUGGAACAAGGCAGUGUAGGCAUAGUCUAGCUAUCAUGCCAAUUCCUGGAACUCUUUCCUCAAGUAGCCCUGAUCUCCUGCAGCCUACAACGAGCAUGUUAGAUUUUUCAAAUCCAACAGAUAUUCCGGAUCAAGUUAUAAGAGUUUUUAAAGCAGAUCAACAAAGUUGCUACAUUAUCAUCAGUAAGGACACCACAGCCAAAGAAGUUGUUUCCCAUGCAGUGCACGAGUUCAGUUUGACGGGGGCCCCUGAGACAUAUUCCCUUUGUGAGGUUUCUGUUAGUCCUGAAGGUGUUAUAAAACAGAGAAGACUUCCAGAUCAGUUCUCCAAAUUAGCAGAUAGAAUUCAACUAAAUGGAAGAUACUAUUUGAAAAAUAACAUGGAAACAGAAACCUUGUGCUCAGAUGAAGAUGCCCAGGAAUUACUUCGAGAAAGUCAAAUAACCUUAUUGCAACUUAGUACCAUCGAAGUAGCAACGCAGCUGUCAAUGAGGGACUUUGAAUUAUUUCGAAACAUCGAGCCUACUGAGUAUAUUGACGAUCUUUUUAAGUUGAACUCCAAAACAGGAAAUACUCAUUUGAAAGAGUUUGAGGACAUAAUAAAUCAAGAAACAUUCUGGGUUGCAACAGAAAUUUUGACAGAAUCAAAUCAGCUCAAAAGAAUGAAGAUUAUUAAACAUUUUAUUAAAAUUGCUCUUCACUGUCGAGAAUGCAAGAACUUCAACUCCAUGUUUGCAGUAAUAAGUGGCCUGAACCUUGCACCUGUUGCCAGACUCAGAGGUACUUGGGAAAAACUACCAAGCAAGUAUGAAAAACAUCUACGAGAUCUUCAAGAUCUUUUUGAUCCAUCUAGAAACAUGGCAAAGUAUCGAAAUAUUCUUAGUAGUCAAAGCAUGCAACCUCCAAUUAUUCCACUCUUUCCUGUUGUCAAGAAGGAUAUUACAUUUCUGCAUGAAGGAAAUGAUUCUAAGGUAGAUGGCUUAGUAAACUUUGAGAAACUAAGAAUGAUUGCCAAAGAAAUCCGUCAAGUUGUCCGAAUGACUUCUGCCAAUAUGGAUCCAGCUGUAAUGUUCCGACAAAGGAAGAAGAGGUGGAGGAGUUUGGGGUCAUUGAGUCAGGGCAGCACAAAUUCAAACAUGCUGGAUGUUCAGGGAGGUGCUCACAAAAAACGGGCCCGCCGAAGCUCACUGCUAAAUGCCAAGAAGUUGUAUGAAGAUGCUCAGAUGGCCAGAAAAGUGAAGCAGUAUCUUGCCAAUCUUAACGUGGAAACUGAUGAGGAAAAGUUCCAAAUAAUGUCCCUUCAGUGGGAGCCUGCAUAUAGUACUUUGACCAAGAAUUUAAGUGAGAGACGAUCAACAAAAUCAUCAGAAAUGUCUCCAGUGCCUUUGAGGUCAGUUGGUCAAAUCACAAAAGCCCAUCUGCAUCAACCAAACAGAGUGAGCCAAGUACUUCAAGUUCCUGCUGUUAAUUUGUACCCCAUCAGGAAAAAGGGUCCAACAAAAGAUCACAUUGCAUUUGGUGCAAGUGCACCACAGAAAAUUUUAGGAAUGUCUGAAGAAAUGACUGGUAAAAAACCAGCAGAAGACACUUUAUCAAUGGCAUCAUCUUUGCAUUCUAGCCCUCCUGCAUCUCCUCAAGGUUCCCCUCGCAAAGGUUAUACUCACAUACCAUCAGCUAAAUCCGAAAACUUCUCAGACUCAAGCCAUAGUGAGAUUUCAUCGAGGUCCAGCAUCGUGAGUAAUUGUUCUGUUGACUCAAUGUCUGCAGCUCUACAGGAGGAUCGAUGCUUACCCCAGUCUCUAAGCGGCGUAGAUUCAGUUGGAACAGCAGAAAAGAAAGAAAACCCUCCAGUGACAGCUGACCACAGCCUGCAUGUGAUUGGAUGGUCACUCUCAAAGCCUUCUCUAGUCAAGAGUUUAGUUGUUUCAUCAUCUGUGAGCACUGAGGAGAUUUCUCAUGAACACAUUACCAUAGAAGCAGCUGACAGUGGCCGUGGAAGUUGGACUUCAUGUUCAAGUAGUUCCCAUGACAACUUUCAGAAUAUUCAGAACCAGAAGAGCUGGGACCUCUUGAACUCUUAUCGACACACUCAUUUGGAUGUUCCCAUUGCUGAAGUGGAACCCACAAUUUGUGAACCUUAUUUGUAUCCAGAAGGCUACUCUCAGACUAACAGUCAGCCUAAAGAUGGCACAGAAUGGGUGCAGUCAAGGCAAAGCUGGGCCUCCUCAAGCUCUCUCUCAGACACAUAUGAAACAAACUAUGGGACAGUGAAGAGAAGGGUGGUAGAAGAUUCCACUGUAGAGCCAGAUGAGACUUUGGACUCUCAUAAUAGCACUGAUGCCACAUACAAAACAGUUACGUCCAGUACAGAAAAAGGCUUGAUAGUGUACUGUGUCACCUCACCUAAGAAGGACGAUAGGUAUAGGGAGCCACCUCCCACCCCACCAGGAUACAUGGGGAUUUCUUUAGCCGACAUAAAAGAAGGACCACCCCACCACCCACACUUAAAACCUCCAGACUAUAGUGUGGCAGUACAGAGGUCAAAGAUGGUACAUAGCAACCUCUCUAGACUUUCAUCAGCCUCUCUCAGUAGUGAACCCAUGGCCUGUAUUUCAUCGAAGAUCCUAUCUCAGCCGCAGUGGCAUAAUCUGCAGCCUUCCUCUAAACUAGCCGGUGUGACUGAUGCAGAUAGUGAAGCAGAUGAAAAUGAACAAGUUUCAGCAGUCUAG